GUAGAAACGUGGACGUCACAGAAGAACUCAGUUCAGGAUGAUUCAAAAAGUCGUUGUCGUUGUCCUUGUCGCUCUUGCAGCUGUCGAAGCUGGAUCAAUAUUCGGCGGAUUGGGUGGGGGUAGCAGUAGUGAUGACUCCAGUGCGGGGAUAAUGGAAGGACGCUUAAAGGAGAUGGCUAAACUCACUGAAUUGGUGAAAGUAGCAAAAGUUGUAGAGCUGUGUGACAACCCUACAUCUGUAGUCGAUGUAAAGAAGCGUGCAGAUGGAGCUCUUCUUGACGUAUUCUGCCAGGCCCUAGCGUCCCUUGAAACCUCGGAAAAUGGCAAUAAAAGCGAUGACGACAGUGAGGGGAGUGCCACUGGGAGCUCAGGAUCUGAUGAAGUAAAAGUGGGAAGAGCCAUUGAAAUGGGAGAAAAGAGUGGUGAAAAAAGUGGCAUUAGUUCAGAAGGAAGCAACGAGAUCUCAGAAGAAAACACGAGCGAUGUAGUCGAUGACGAUGAAAAGGUGGAGGGUUUGGUUGCACGAAUGUUAAAAGGCCGUGGAAGGAGUGGCAUGCAAGGAGGCAUGAGAGGUGGAAUGGGUGGAGGCAUGAGAGGAGGAAGGGGUGGUAUGGGAGGUGGAAUGGGAGGCGGUAAAGGAGGCAUGGGAGGUGGAAUGAGAGGUGGAAUGGGUGGAGGCAUGAGAGGAGGAAGGGGUGGUAUGGGAGGUGGAAUGAGAGGUGGCAUGGGAGGAGGAAUGGGAGGCGGUAAAGGAGGCAUGGGAGGUGGAAUGCGAGGUGGUAAAGGUGGCAUGGGUGGAGGCAUGCGAGGCGGUAAAGGUGGCAUGGGAGGAGGAAUGAGAGGUGGACAGAGUAGCAAAGGUGGUAUGCGCCCAGAAGGACCAUUGUCUGACGAAGAUAAGAAGAAAAUGGGAAUGGAGAUAUUGAUGCAACUGGGGAAGAUGUGCAUGAGACUUAAGUCACUAGGGCCCGAGGAACACAGUCUUGACGAAAUGGACGCUGCUUUAGACGGGAGUGGGGCCACGGGAAUUGAGAACUCCUUUAUGAAGGUAUUCCAUUCUCUCGUGACAACGUGUUAUGCAUUAAAAGAUUUGGCGGAACAUGCCGAAGCAAUGAAACCUGAGAGUUAUUAAUUAGAAUUUGGGAUACCCAAUGCGAACAGUCUCCUGAAACUGAUGACAACCAGAGGAUAUCAAGCGUGAACACAAUGUUACCAGUUUGAAAUAAAUGUGCAGUCUGGACUCAUCAUCAACUUUAGUGAAAUGUUUUUAAACGAUUUUCGUAUUGCACAGUUUCUAUUGAGAAUAAAAAGUAAAACCAUCACAUAUAUUAUUUGAUUUAGUUGAUUAAUGUCGUAUCAUUAUGCACGUGAAUAUAGAUAAUGAUUACUUAAGAUAAGAUUAAAUCUUUUUACCUAUUACAUGGGACAAAUAAAGACUCGAGUAAACAG